AUGAGUACUUCAACAGGUUCAGAAUUAGCAAUAGGUUAUGCUUCCCUUUUUGUAUCGUGUGCUGCUUUUGGUUUUAUGUUUGCCCCAUUAAAAAGAUUAGAUUCAAAAGACGGCGUUUUUGUUCAAUGGAUUCAAUGUUCUGUUGUUUUUAUGUUUGGAUUAAUAAUUAAUGUUAUUAGAGGAUUACCCCAAUUUAAUUUAAUUGCUUCUAUUGGAGGAUUCCUUUAUGCUACUGGUAAUGUUGCUUCAGUACCUAUAGUUGCUGAAAUGGGAAUUGGUUUAGGAAUGCUUAUUUGGGGGUCUGUUCAGAUAAUAGUAGGUUGGUGUGUUGCUCAUUUUGGCCUAUUCGGGACAAAACCACAAAAUGUUCAAAAUCCAUUAUUAAAUUAUUUGGGCGUUUUAAUUACUUUAUUUAGUGGAAUAAUGUUUGUUUUUGUAUAUAGUCGAGAGGAAAGGGAUAAAAAACUUAGCCCAAUUGAAAAAGAUUAUGAUAAUAAUCGAAUUGCUUAUAGAAGUGAAAGAGCACCUUCCACCUAUGGAACAGUCCACAAUGUUUGGGCAGUAGAAUCAGAACAAGAUAACGGAAAUAAUGCUUCCACAACUUUAGAAAAUUUGCCUAGAAUUGAACAGUCAGAAAUUAAAAGAACUGUAACUCCUCGUUUAACAAAAAGAAAAUUAUUCUUUAUUGGAUUAGCAGUCUGUUUAGGCUCUCUUCACGGUUUAAUGUUAACCCCUAUUGUUUAUGUCCAAGACACUGACCCAUUGGCUUCGAAAAAUGUUCUCGAUUACGUCUUUUCACAUUUUUCGGCAGUUUUCUUCUUCUCCACCUUUUAUUUUAUUAUCUACACUUUAAUACUUAAAGGAAAGCCUUAUGUCCAAUCAAAUUUAGUACUUCCAUCAAUUGCUUAUGGAAUUCUUUGGUCAAUUGGAAUGACUUUAUUUAUCGUUUCUAAUAAAUUACUCUCACAAACUGUUAGCUUUCCAAUUACUGUUCGACUCCCAGCAAUAAUAGGAGCAUUAGCAGAUGUUUUAAUAUUUAAAAGCAUAAAGGGAAAAAUGCAAAUGUCAUUUCUUUUUGCAGCAAUAAUUGCUGGCUCAGUUGGCGUAAUACUUGUUGGAAUAUCCUUAUAUUAA